ACAUGACAAAGCUUCUAUUGCUGGACAGACACUCUGCUCCAAGGAAUUGAAAUUGGGCUGAAACGGAAGAUGGGUUUUCAGUGGUUUCUGAUACCAGAAUAUCAGCAGAUUAUCCAUGAACUAGAGAUUACUCGAUUCAGCUAAAUUCAACAGGAUCAGCACAAGUCAAAAGAUGAACAAGGUUGUUGAAAGUCUAAAAGAUGAUGAGCCCCUUCUAGAUUCAGUCCUAAUACAUAUGGGAGCAUGUAUUCAGCUUUGGGGAAGUUUGAGAGCUCCAUGGUUGUAUAUAAAAGAGCAAUUGGUGUUCUUGAAAGCAAACACGAGGAUCCAGCGUCCAGGAUAGACAAUAGGGGUGCUCCUGCGACCUAGGUUAUUCUAUCCUCAGUACUGGUGAGUGGAUAAAUAUAUAACAUUGAUAUUUUUCUUUAAUAUAUGUAUAUGUGUAUAGUUACUUUGGUUAUUUAAAAUGGGAAAGGAUAAAAUUAAUUUAUAUUUCUUGAAUAAAUGAACAUUGAAUUCAAAGCACAGCUAAAUAAAUAGCCGAUUACACUCUGUAUAUGCACCGAACAUAUAACACCUUGAUGACAGGUGAUUUAUUUUCAGCAUGAUAUAUAUUUAUACUGUCUUUGGGACAGCGCUUGAUAUACAGAUAGCCUUUGGGGCGUAUGUCAGGUGGUCACCCUUUGGGGGUAGCUCUACAUAUGUGUAUGACCAGUAUUUUAUUAGCUCUUGGGCCAAAUUUGUCAUCAUAGAGCCUAAGAUGCCAGCAUUGCUCUCAGGCUGUCAUUAUUUUAUUACACCUAAGAUGCCAACAUUAUCUGCAGGGAACAUAUUAUGAGUGUAUGCGGAUUUUAUUUUUCACAGUUAUUUUGAUUGACUUAAAUUGUAUUUAUUCAGCUGACUUAUUUAUAUGGUACUAUUAAGUACCUAAACCUUAUCUUUUCCCCUUUGUUAUUUAUUUAUCCGCUCACUGAGUAUGUUGUACUCACCCUUAUACUUUUACUAUUUCAGUUCCUUUUUGGUGAUCCGCUCAGUCUUUCCUUCCACAUCGUCCACUCAGAGUCUAGAGGAGGUCGGACCAAUCCUAGGCCUUUUGUAAUUUCUUUUUGUACUUUGGAUAGAUCAUGUAUAGAUUGUACAGCCCAAUGAAGAAUGUAUUUUGUUUUUUGUAAAUAUAUUGUGGAUUGGCUAGAUCCACCAUCAGUUUUCUAUUUGGAAAUUAUAGCAGGUUAUAUGUAUUUACAUGUAUAAAUAUUAGGGGAAGUUCUAUCAGUUUUCAGGGUCAUAUUCGUCUCUACAUAUUAGAGAAUGGGUGUGACAAUUUUUGGUAUUAGAGCUUAGGUUUAUAGAUUCUGUAGACUUUCCUCGAGUUAGUAUUCUUAAUUAUAUUCUGAUAAUUCUUCUCGUAUUUUCGUUUGUAGGACAAUGCCGCUCAGAGUAGGUAAUAGAAAUCGGGGCCGUGGCAUUCGUACAGCUAGAUUAGCUGAUAUUGGUCGACCUCAUAGGGAUCCUACAGUUACACCUCCACCUCUAGAAGGGGUGGCAGAUCAUGAUUUAUCUGAGAGCAGAGAAGGACAGGGAGAUUCUGUUUCUCAUGGUGUUGAAUCAGGGGCAUAUCCGACUGCACCAUCAUUUCCUUCAGCACUUGCAGUUGCACCUCCUGUCGCACCUGCAGCUCCACCUUUUGUUCCACCUGUAGCACUAGCCCAUCCUUUUCAGAUAAAUGCAGACCUGGGUGCUUUUGUUGCACAAGUUGUUACAGCAGCUGUUACAGCCAAACCUAGAGAUCCGUGGGAGAUAGUGGAUCGUGCUAGACAUUUAGGAGCUUAUGAUUUUGAGGGUUCUUCUGAUGCUGGCAUUGCAGAUAAAUGGUUAAAGAAAGUGCUAAAAGUGUUUGAAUUAAUGAAGUUGACUGAUGCAGAUAAAGUAGAUAAUGUACAUGGAUUGCUUCAGGGUAAAGCUGAUGGUUGGUUUGAUGCCAUUCAUCGCAGACAUAGAGUCAGACUGACUUGGGAUCAAUUUAUAUAUGAAUUUCGCCAGGAGUAUUUGUCAGAAAGUUACAGGAAGGGGAAACAAGAUGCCUUUUUCAGGUUGUUUCAAGGAAGCCUCUCAAUAAGAGAGUAUGUUGACAAGUUUGAAGACCUUUAUUGCUUUGUUUCAGACAUACUGCCUUCUGAGGAAGCUAAAUGUGACAGAUUCAGACAGGGUCUACAUGUUAAUAUCAGAUCAUCUAUGACCUAGUUCAGAGGUAAUAAUUUUAGAGAGUUGGUGGAAGCAGCUUUGAAUGUUGAGAAAGUUAAGCAAGAAGAAAAAGAGUAUGAGCAGAGGAUGAGUAGAAAACAUAUGCAGGGUUCACAGGGGUUCAGAGAAAGACCAGCUAAGAGAGGGAGCAGUUCAUUUCAGUCCCAAGCGGGAUACAGAGGUAGUGGUAGAGGUUCUUUUGUUAACACAGAGCAGCAGGUUGCUCGACCACAAUCUAAUCAGAGUUCAGUAGCACAGCCAGUGGGUAGUUCCUUUGGGGCACAGACACAUGGGCAAGGAUAUAAUUCUGGGUUUGAGCAAAGGAAGAGACAUUUUUCUCAAUGUGCCACCUGUGGUAAAUAUCAUGCUGAGGAGUGCAGAAAAUUCGAUAGGGGUUGUUUUGAAUGUGGCUCUUCGGAGCAUUUUAAGAAAGAUUGUCCAUUGCUGAUAGCCAGAGACAGUGGUUCUCAGCAAGGGUCAGUGGCACCUCAGAAUCUAAAGUAUGGUAUGACACCAUCACAGGGAGUACCCACGGCACAAGUUGGACCAAGUACAAGCAGAGCCAGCGGAGCUACUUCAUCUUCUCAGCCUAGACCAAUGAUGCAACCUGGCAGACCUCGCACUCAAGCCAGAGUUUUUGCUAUGACACAGCAGGAGGCACAAGCAUCUCCAGAGGUGGUGACUGGUAUGUUAACUAUUUUUAAUAAAGAUGCGUACAUUCUUAUAGAUCCUGGUUCCACUCACUCUUUCAUAUCUCAAUCCUUCUCUAAGCAUGCUAAUAGAGAAUUAAAACCCUUAGACUGUGGAUUAGCUGUGAGUAUUCCAGUUGGGGAUUCUGUAGUAUGUGAACAUGUGUAUAGGGAUUGUGUUGUUAAGUUGGGCGACCAUGAGUUGUUAGUGGAUCUGAUUCCUUUGUGUCUACAAGAUCUGGAUGUCAUCCUAGGUAUGGAUUGGUUAUCCCGUCAUCAUGCCACAAUAGAUUGCUUUGAGAAAUCAGUGGUAUUUAAUAGUCCAGAAGGGUCCAAGUUCACUUUCUUUGGGGAGAGGCGUUUACUUUCUUCUUAUGUGAUUUUCGCCAUGACCACUAGGAAGAUGCUUCGGAAGGGUUGUCAAGCAUAUUUAGCCUAUGUGGUGGACAGUAACCUAGAAGGACCUAAAUUGGAGGAUAUACCAGUAGUAAACGAGUUUCCUGAUGUAUUUCCUGAAGAACUUCCUGGGUUGCCUCCAGAUAGAGAGAUUGAAUUCUCUAUUGAUUUAAAUCCAAGUACAACUCCUAUUUCUAUGGCACCAUACAGAAUGGCUCCGGCAGAACUGAAAGAGUUAAAAGCACAAUUGCAGGAGCUACUUGAUAAAGGUUUCAUAAGACCCAGUGUUUCACCUUGGGGAGCCCCUGUGCUAUUUGUGAAGAAGAAGGAUGGUUCCUUAAGAUUGUGUAUUGACUACAGACAAUUGAAUCGAGUUACUGUGCGAAAUAAGUAUCCUUUACCCCGCAUUGAUGAUCUUUUUGAUCAACUCCAAGGUGCUAAAGUAUUCUCUGAGAUUGAUUUGCGGUCUGGGUAUCAUCAAUUGGAGAUCAAGGAGUCUGAAAUACCUAAGACAGCCUUCAGAACUCGUUACGGGCAUUAUGAGUUCCUCGUUAUGCCUUUUGGGUUAACUAAUGCACCCGCUGCUUUUAUGGAUCUCAUGAAUAGGGUGUUUAAGCCCUACUUGGAUAGUUUUGUUAUUGUGUUUAUUGAUAACAUCUUAGUAUAUUCUCGUAGCAAGGAAGAGCAUGAGAUGCAUUUACGGAUAGUACUGCAAAUUUUGAGGAAUAAGCAACUAUAUGCUAAAUUGAGCAAAUGUGAGUUCUGGCUUGAUCGGGUGGUUUUCUUGGGACAUGUUAUCUCAGCAGAUGAAGUUUUAGUUGAUCCUAAGAAGAUUGAAGCAGUAGUCAAUUGGGACCCUCCAACUAAUGUUACAGAGGUUAGAAGUUUUCUGGGCUUAGCAGGGUAUUAUCGUCGCUUUGUUCAGGAUUUCGCCAUCAUUGCAGCACCAUGACUAAGCUCCUUCGAAAGAAUGCAAAGUUUGAAUGGACAGAUGAAUGUCAAGAGAGUUUCGAGAACCUUAAAACAUGUCUCACAUCAGCCCCAGUACUUACCCUACCCUCAGGUACAGAUGGAUUUGUGGUUUAUAGUGAUGCUUCUCACAAGGGUUUAGGCUGUGUACUCAUGCAACAUGGGAAAGUGAUAGCUUAUGCUUCUAGACAGCUUAGACCACAUGAAUUAAAUUAUCCCACCCAUGAUCUGGAAUUAGCUGCAGUUGUGUUUGCAUUAAAGACAUGGAGGCAUUAUCUUUAUGGCGUGACUUGCCAGAAUUUUACAGAUCACAAGAGUUUGAAGUAUCUUCUCACACAGAAGGAGUUGAAUUUAAGGCAGAGACGGUGGAUUGAGUUACUUAAGGACUACGACUGUACUAUUGAAUAUCAUCCAGGUAAAGCGAAUGUAGUAGUUGAUGCCCUUAGUCGCAAGUCCUUUAGUCAUUUGGCCUAUCUCAAAACAGUUCGACUUCCUUUGUUACUAGAGAUCAGAUCCUUAAGGGUAGAACUAGCAGUGGAUGAUGCAGGAGCAUUGUUAGCAACUCUUAAAGUUCGACUAGUAUUGAUAGAAAAAGUCAGAGAAGCCCAAAAUCAAGAUGAGCAGUUGAGUAAAAUCAGUAAUGAAGUAAGAGAUGGCACCCGUAUCGACUUUUCUCUAAGGGAGGAUGGGACUUUAAGGUUUGGUGAUAGACUAUGUGUACCCAGAGUGGGAAGUUUGAAGAGAGAGAUUAUGGAGGAAGCCCAUUGUUCUGCUUACUCUAUGCAUCCAGGCAGUACAAAAAUGUAUAGAGAUCUUAAAGCAAACUAUUGGUGGCCAGGCAUGAAGAAAGAAAUAGCUGACUUUGUGUCCACAUGCUUAGUUUGUCAAUAGAUUAAAGCAGAACAUCAACAUCCAAUAGGAAAGCUGCAACCGCUCCCUAUUCCGGAAUGGAAGUGGAAACACAUUACUAUGGAUUUUGUUUCAGGGUUACCUCGUACUUCGCGUGGACAUAAUGCAGUAUGGGUGAUAGUUGAUAGGUUAACCAAGUCAGCACACUUUUUGCCUGUCAGGAUGGAUUAUUCUUUAGACAAGUUAGCAGAGAUCUAUGUCAGUGAGAUUGUAAGACUCCAUGGUGCUCCAGUCUCUAUUGUUUCAGAUAGAGAUCCAAGAUUCACUUCUCGUUUUUGGCCUAGCUUGCAAAAUGCUUUAGGCACUAAGUUGAAGUUUAGCACUUCUUUUCACCCUCAAACUGAUGGUCAAUCAGAAAGAACUAUUCAGACAUUGGAGGAUAUGCUGAGAGCUUGUGUGAUGGAGUUUAAAGGAAGUUGGGAUAGGUAUGUGCAUUUAAUGGAGUUCUCUUAUAAUAAUAGUUAUCAUUCGAGUAUCGGCAUGGCUCCAUAUGAAGCUUUGUAUGGGAGAAGAUGCAGAACACCAUUGUGUUGGAAUGAGGUAGGGGAAAGACAAUUAGAAGGUCCAGAAUUAGUGCAACACACUACAGAUAAAAUUUAGAUGAUCAGAAGUAGAUUAAAAGCAGCACAAGACAGACAGAAGAGUUAUGCAGAUCUGAAGAGAAGGGAUAUUGAAUAUAAUGUUGGCGACAAAGUAUUUCUGAAGAUCUCUCCUUGGAAAGGGGUGGUGUGUUUUGGCAAACGUGGGAAAUUGAGUCUGCGAUUCAUCGGACCAUAUGAGAUUUUAGAGAGAAUUGGCCCAGUUGCUUAUCGUUUAGCACUACCUCUAGAGCUAUCUCAGAUUCAUGAUGUCUUCCAUGUAUCCAUGUUAAGGAGAUACAGAAGUGAUUCUUCCCACAUUCUCCAGAAACAGCCUAUCGAGUUGAGGGAAGAUUUAACAUAUGAAGAAGAGCUAGUCGAGAUCAUUGCCAGAGAAGAGAAGGUUCUAAGGAGUAAGAUAAUACCCCUGGUUAAAGUUCGAUGGAGUAACCAUUCUGCUAAAGAAGCUACCUGGGAAAAAAAAGAGAAUAUGCGAAUUCAAUUUCCACAUUUAUUCCCUUCACCAGGUAUGUAAAUUUUGAGGACGAAAUUUCUUUUAGGAGGAGAGAAUUAUCAUAUCUGGCCCAUAGGAAAAAAAAAAAAGAGAAAAGGCCCAUAACUUUUAAAUAUGUAUAUAUAAUUCUUAUUAUUAAAAAUAAAUAAAAAAAUUAAUUAAAAAAUUAAAAAAAAACAAUUAAAACAUUAAAAGGCUCUGGUUCCUUCCCGAAACCAGAGCCUUCGUCUUCGUGGGGAGAAGCAGAGGCGGUAGAAAUGCUAUGUUUUUAUAAAAAAAAAAUUUCCUCUUUAAUCCAAAUCUCCUCCCUCUCAACCCAAUCAACCCAUAGACUGCUAGAUCCUAUUUUAAACCUAUAUCCUGCUCAAAAAUUCAAUUUUUUCUUCCAGAGGUUCCAAAAUUGGGUAGGUGAAUUUUAUUCCCAUUAUUCGAUUUAUUGCGAUAUAGUUUAUUUUCUCUACCUUUUAAUAGUGAUUUUUGUGAUUUGAGGAUAAAAAUAGGUUAUGUUUUAGUUAGAUCCAAUCAAUGGGGUUUUAUAUUGCUUUUUGGAUUAAUGAUUUUCAUAGAUUGAUCUAAAUACAUUAUUGAGUACUUUUGUUGAGUUUGUGUAAUUUUGGGAGGUCUAGCUAUGCUGAAAUACUGCCGAAAUUUUCUUAAAAAUAUAUAUAAAAAUAUAUUUAAAAUUUUGUAUUUUACAUUUUAUAUUUUCAUCCUAGAAUGUUUAUUUAUUAUUUGAUAUAUUAUUUUUCUUUUUAAUUCUAGAAGAGGAUCCAGCGUCCAGGAUAGACAAUAGGGGUGCUCCUGCGACCUAGGUUAUUCUAUCCUCAGUAAUGGUGAGUGGAUAAAUAUAUAAUAUUGAUAUUUUUCUUUAAUAUAUGUAUAUGUGUAUAGUUACUUUAGUUAUUUAAAAUGGGAAAGGAUAAAGUUAAUUUAUAUUUCUUGAAUAAAUGAACAUUGAAUUCAAAGCACAACUGAAUAAAUAGCCGAUUACACUCUGUAUAUGCACCGAACAUAUAACAUCUUGAUGACAUGUGAUUUAUUUUCAGCAUGAUAUAUAUUUAUACUGUCUUUGAGACAACACUUGAUAUACAGAUAGCCUUUGGGGCGUAUGUCAGGUGGUCACCCUUUGGGGGUAGCUCUACACAUGUGUAUGACCACCAAAUUUGUCAUCAUAGAGCCUAAGAUGCCAGCAUUGCUCUCAGGCUGUCAUUAUUUUAUUACACCUGAGAUGCCAGCAUUAUCUGCAGGGAACAUAUUAUGAGUGUAUGCGGAUUCUAUUUUUCACAGUUAUUUUGAUUGACUUAAAUUGUAUUUAUUCAGCUGACUUAUUUAUAUGGUACUAUUAAAUACCUAAACCUUAUCUUUUCCCCUUUGUUAUUUAUUUAUCCGCUCACUGAGUAUGUUGUACUUACCCUUAUACUUUUACUAUUUCAGUUCCUUUUUGGUGAUCCGCUUAGUCUUUCCUUCCACAUCGUCCACUCAGAGUCUAGAGGAGGUCGGACCAAUCCUAGGUUUUUUGUAAUUUCUUUUUGUACUUUGGAUAGAUCAUGUAUAGAUUGUACAGCCCAAUGAAGAAUGUAUUUUGUUUUUUGUAAAUAUAUUGUGGAUUGGUUAGAUCCA